GCACAGCGACAGGUUAUUUCCACCCCCUGCCCACCAGGGAGUGCGUCAGCCUUGCCCUCCUGGGGAUGAGGGCCCCAAGCCAGGAUCCCAGGGGGAUGGGGGAAGAGGCCGAGCUGGAUGUGACAGCAGACGCUGAGAUCCGGGUGAAUGUGGGAGGCCUGAAGAGGAGCCUGAGGAGGGGCAGCCUGUUGCGGUUCCCGGACACGAGGCUUGCCCAGCUGCUGAGGUGCCGCUCGCUCGACUCCAUCCUGCAGCUGUGCGACGACUACGACGGUGAGGAGUAUUACUUUGACCGCAACCCCGCGCUCUUCCCCCGCAUUGUGGAUUUCUACCGCACCGGGGAGCUGCGGGCCACCGGGGGCAAACACUGCAUCUUCUCCCUGGGCCAGGAGAUCGAGUACUGGGGCAUUGGGGCGGGGAGCCUGUCCAGGCUUACCCCGGGGGACGGCGACGAGGAUGGGGACGGCGAUGGGGCCAGUGAGCUGGGCAGUAGCAGCUCCUCCCUGGACGAGGUGCUCAGCUUCUACCGAGAUGCUGCCAGCUACGAUAGGCAGAAGCUGGGUAGCUGCCGCCGCCGCUUAUGGCUCAUGCUGGAGAACCCGGGUUACAACGCCGCCAGCCGCUGCUACAGCGCCAUCUCCAUCCUGAUGGUCCUGAGCUCCAUCACCGCCAUGUGCGUGCACAGCAUGGCGGAAUUCCAGCGGCUCGGCCCCCACUUCGAGGCCCUGGAGCAUUUCUGCAUCGCCUGCUUCACCCUGGAGCUGCUGGCCAGGUUGCUGGUGUCACCGGGUGUGGGGCACUUCUUCCGUCGGCCCCUCAACCUCAUCGACCUCAUGUCCAUUCUGCCCUUCUACCUGACCCUGCUGGCCAAGCUGGCAAUGGAGAGCAGCCCGGCCCUGGCCAACUUGGGCCGGGUGGUGCAGGUCCUCAAGCUGAUGAGGAUAUUCCGUGUCCUCAAGCUGGCACGUCACUCCACGGGGCUCAGGUCGCUGGGGGCCACCUUAAAGCACAGCUACAGGGAAGUGGGCCUGCUCCUGCUCUACCUAUCUGUUGGAGUAUCCGUCUUCUCUGUGGUGGCCUACACCAUUGAGAAAGAAGAGAAUUCUUCCCUGGCCACUAUCCCCUCCUGUUGGUGGUGGGCCACAGUCAGCAUGACCACCGUAGGCUACGGCGACGUGGUACCCAUCAGCAUCGGGGGCAAAUUGACGGCGUCAGCCUGUAUUUUGGCCGGGAUCCUGGUGGUCGUGCUGCCUAUCACCCUCAUCUUCAACAAGUUCUCCCACUUCUACCGGCGUGAGAAGAAUCUAGAGAAUGCCAUGAGGAACUGCGAGUUUGAUGAGCAUCUGGCUCAGCUGCCUCUGCUCAAUCUCCGCGACUACUAUGCAGAUAGAAUGAAGUCGCUGAUGGUCAGUCUGAAUAACAUGAGCAGAGGUACACCCAGCGAGCACAGUGUGAACUCAAUACAUUGAAUCCAACCCUGAACUGUUGAGUAACGUGGCGAAGAUUAGAAUAUACCAGAUAUCCAACGAUCACAAACCAAACACUGCAUUUAAUACU